GGCGAGAAGGACUUGUCGGCGCAUCUUGAGUGGCUGAUGGCAGUUGAUGAGGCCAACAUGGGCGGAUCCUCUCAGUAUUCAGCAACCAUGAGCAGAUGGGCUGUAGAUACGAUGCGCGCUGUGGAGUCGCAGGCUUGGUGGGCUGUUGCUGCGAUCUCCCACGCCGUGUGCAGUCCGUGGCGAGAGCUGCGGGCGUUCCUCCAGAGGCACGAUCGGCUUGUCCAGGAGAAGGGCAUCGGAGCACUAGCGGCCCUUGCAUGGGGCGAGGCCCAAACUAUGUACGACAACGCGCUCCUGAUGACCGAGAUGAUGUACUGGGAGGACCUCCUGGAUCAGACUCACGAUGACUUGCUCUAUGAAGUGGCCGCUGCGUGCCGCGAGUUGAGCAUGAUCAACGCAGUUAAUUUCAAGAUGAGGAUUCUCGAUCGUCUCUCCACCUACCCAGUCAAACUCCUUCUGCUUGCCAAAGGCCAACCUGCAGAUGUGAACGAGAACAGGGCCGCCAUCGCCCGGGAGAUCCUAGACGAUUCCACGACGGAGAUGAACGUAGUCAAGUUGAAGGCUAUCGCCCGGCGAGAGUUGGAGGAGUGCGCUGUCAUGGGCCAGUUGGACCCAGACAUGUGGAUGUGGUUGCGCAACAUAUGUUCCCUGUGGCAAGGGGAUACAGAACGCAUGGAGUCUUUCAACAAGGUGGUCAAGGAGGAGGUCGUCCGGGCGCCUCACAUUAGCCAGGCGCUCAUCGCGGCGCGCGCAGUGAACAAGACAUUCGUGCACCAGGUUUGUUCGAAGGCAAUGGCUGCGGCUGGCCAGAGCAAGAAGAAGUCGAGAGUGAAAUGGUCAAUGGUUCAGGAUUCCUUCAUGUAUUUGGUCGAGCGAGCAUCGAACAACUACAACGGGGGGCUGGAGAUCAUGGCCGAUGCGCUGCGGUACGACGUCUCCUACAUCAAGGAUCAGAUGCCGCGCUUCCUCUUCCGCGCCCAGAUGGCCAUCCAGCCGUCGAGGGCGUUGCAGCUGCAGCGCCGAUGCCAGCCAUUCUCCCAGGUCAUGGUGGAGGCAGCGAUGGCUGGCGACGACCGCGCCGUUGUUGACGCUCCUGCUGGGCACCCGGACGUCGGUGAAGGCGCCCCUGGUGGCGCGCCAGAAGUUGCACCUGCUGAUCCUGAUCUGGAGGACUAG